UGAUGUAAUCGCGAUCGAUGCACUCCGCGCUGCCGUGCGCCACCUUUGAUCAACUAUGAGCAACUACCUGCCAUAGGGGGGGCGCACUUAUCGACGGCCUCUAGUACUGCGCGUUGAGCACUAACUCUAAGCCUACGGUGAAAACACCUAGUGACGUAUCCAGUGAUAAAGUGGAAGUCUGCUGAUCUGCGGCCGUGGGAGUAGUGGAUCGGCGGCUCCUAUGCAAAUUAUUUACGAGGCAUUGGUCGACGGCGCGGCGUAACGCGCAUGUCCGCGGCGGCUGCGCGGUCCACACGACGCGGUGUUAACGAUCCAAGUCAGUGUCUACGAGAUCCCGCAGCCCAACGUGGCCCCACCAAAUAAAACUCGCGGCUGAUGAUGAAAACAGCAUUUCGGCCUCGUCGUAUCUAGGACGGCACCCGAAAUAACUAGGGCACGGUAACUGCGCAGCUGCUAACGCAACUCAUAGCUGGCGGAGUCGAGCGGCCAGCCAGCGAGACCCGCGAGCAGCGGCGGCGGCGCCCGGCGGAGCGGCGGCGGGGCGAGGGGAGCGGCUCUCUCUACACUGGUCGUGGCGACUGGACUGACUUCGUGAUUCUGAUCGUCCCUGGCCUGGUGCGAGGCCUGACGCGUCGGCGCCAGGAGUGCUAACUUCCCGUUUCCCUGAUCCCUGAGGAGGAAGCUCUCCAGCAUCAUGCAUCGCCUGACAGUGCGACGUCCUCGCUAUUGUAGCCAAUCAUACUUUAACAAACCAAUCUGCCCCUGCGAGAAGGUUACUCCUAAGCCCCUGAAGGAUUACCCGGUGCCUCAACCCUGGGUUACCUUCAACGGGGACGAAGACCAAUCGAUUUACGAGAUCUCAGCCAAGAUGGCGGCUUUGGAAGUAGAAGGAGCUGUUCAACGAGCGAAGAAAGCGAAGAAGGAAGAAUCGGUGGAUGAUGAGGCAAGCUCUGCUGAGAGUGAUGUCAGCGAGUGUGAGGUUGAAGAUAGCAAUGAUGAUGAUUUUACUGAAUCUGACAGCGAGGCCGCUGAGGCUUGCGCGUCCCUGCUCGCGAUAUCGGCAGGGGAGGUGGCGUCGGAAGAAAUAUGACUGACGCCGGAUCUCGAGGCCGCUGCUGCCUCCCCGGCCGCCGCUGCCUCGCCCGCCGGUGCCGCGGGGGACAGUUGACUGCCGCGGACCGCGCGGCUCCCCGCUGGCGGGCCCGGCCGCGCCGUCACCAGGCCGCCACUGCCCCGCGGUCACUGGGGCCCUCCCAUGCGUCGGCUCGAACUCAACGAUGCCACUUAUAGAAAAGUAGUGGCGAGCACCGAGAACAUUCUGCGGCGUCUCCUCGUCACCAAGCGAUACGACUCCAUCAGCAACUUCCUAGAUCUGUACGAGGAGUACAAGCGCUCGGGCUGCGGGUCGCUGCGAGAUCUGUACGAGCGGUACGAGGCCACGACGCGGCCGCAAGCAUUGGGGGACACGUGCGUGGGCCUCGCGCUGGAACUGAUGCGCCGCUGGCAGUGCCUGGAGAGACGCUUCCCCGGCCUGCUCGCCGCCACCUGCCUCAUGUCCUGCGAGGAGACCGUGCCCUACGUCUGCUACGACUUCGAGGUCUGCUCGGGACCCUUUGAUCUCCUCGCCCCCGACAAGGAGCACGUCAUGGUCGGUGUGCACAUCACACUAAACGGCAGGCUUGGUAUUCUGAUCGCAGACCCUGGCUACCACGUGGCAAGAACAAUCACAGUGAUGGUCGACCAGCAGAGCCCCGGGCUGGUUUAAUCAUAUUACGGAGCCGGAACAAAUAAAAGACUAUUCCUACAGUUUUUGUGAGGGUAGUUUGAGCUAUGUCCUCUGGAAAGAAGUCAUCAAUAGAGAAGGAAAAUAUAAAUACACGACUUCGUUGAUUUAUGUUGGUAGACCUUACUGCGGUGGUAUCACAGUAACCGAGAAAAGAAACCUUGUCUACAAGUUAAAGAGUUUGGUGCAUCGUGCCCACAACGGCGUCUCUAUUGCAGGUUUAUAUGUCUUCUUGAACACACCGUUCAGAGAUGCAAAAAUCAAUUUAUUUUAUUAUAGUAAAAAAGCAAAAAUAAAAAAAAAAUAUAACCUCCGAAAAUUUCAAGAUAUUGCAAGCGUAGAGGAAAACAUUUUGAAAAAAAUUAACAUUUGUAAUUCUCGUAUGGAAUUACCAGACGGGAAAUUACUUACUAUCAUAAACAAGUUGGCAAAAGCACUAUCAGAUGAAUUAUUUACUAACCAAUGUAAUGAAAUCAACACGUACAUCAUUCAAUGCAGUAUUUGACAGCGGGAGAAAUUGUGGGCAAAAAUUAACGCUCAACUAAAGGAGCGCUAUUCUGACCAGGCCCACAUACUUCUGAAAGCUGGUCAAACAUUUGAGGCAGAUAAAACAAAAUCGAAGUGUUUACAAAUGCAAAAGUCGGCAGUUCAGCCAAAAACAAAGAUAUCAUGUAGAGAAAAAUCCUCCUUCGUGGCUCUUGAAAUUCUGCCUCAAGAACUGCUGAUCGGUUUGCUUGAAAAAGUAAAUUUCAACUCAAAAGAAGAAAAUCAAAUUGAAUCAUUGCAAACAUACGACAAUAUUAAUGUUAGUGAAAUAGAUAAUAUUCAAAAUGCAAACGCUUCACGUAAACGGGAUAAAGCGAGUGAUGCUAAAGAUCAGUUGGAAAUGCUGGACGUGCAGGGUAGGGCUGGCCCGUCGAGGAAGCGGGGCAAGCCGAGUUCUGGUGCUCCUACCGAAGAGUCUGAUGGGCAGGCCGCGGCCGGGCCGCCGAGAAAAAGGGGAAAUGAAAAUGUAGCUAACGAGCCCACAGAUGAAGCUGCUACCGGCGAAAGUAAAUCCGAGUCACAGAAAUGUUCCAAGGGUCAAAAAGUUAUGUUAGAAGUUGAAGCCCUCCCUCAAAAUAUAUUUGAAGCUAUGCUUGCUAAACUCAAAAUUAAACAAAAAAUAUACGUUGCCAAGAAAAAUAAAGAGCAGGGCGAAGCCAGUUCUUCACAACUUAGUAACCUAAGAUUUGAGGGAACAAAACGGGGAGUUUCGAUUUUUUAUAAUAUAGAAACGAUAAUGGAAUAUCAGGGUGUUUUUCCUGCUAGUAAGCAAUUUAUAAUAGACAUUGAAGAAUUGCCUAAAUGUGUAUUUGAUUCCUUAUUUACUAGAUCUGACCCUUCAGACAAAGAGGCCGGACCUUCGAGCGAUGCGAGUAGGAAGACUUGCGAAGAACAGGAGAGUGAUGAGGCUGAACAAAAGGAGCUUGUAUCGAGUGAAGAACAAGGAGAGGUGGAGGCCCGCUGUAAACGGCCCACGGAGAGAGUCGCCAUUGUAGAAGUUGAGGCUCUCCCAGCAGACCUGGGCGAGAAAAUGGUCGUCAAGGUCAAGAUUCAGUUUGCGUGUCCGGAGGUUGAAGUUCCUAUAUUUCAAAUAGAAGAUUUGGCGAAGGUUCCUAUCGAGGGUGCGAUUGAUAAGCCAGGAUAAGUAGGGUGUCAAAUUAUUUUAUUUAUGUAAAAUUUAUUGUAUAAAUAAAAUGUUAUUUUUAUGUAAGUUUGUACCAGCCUAGGUGGUGAACAUAAUUUGAGCCGCUUUUGGGCAAUUUAAUAAAAUUAAGUAGGGAACGACUGCUACAAAAAAGACUAUAGCGAUUAACUAAACACAAUGUAGGUGCCACUCACGUAGGUACGGGCCUCGCUAGGGAAUUGAGAGAUAAUCUAGUGCACGUCCAAUCAAAUUAUGUAGUUGGUGAUUCGGGAUGGCAGUGUGUCCGGCUACCAACGUGAUCUGGGUCGCGCGGCGCGUCCUACUGCCAAACGCACACAUGCAAGCGUAUCUACCGGCACGCACACUAGCGCACACGCCGUCCGCGGCCUCGUCACUACUCAGCCGAAAAACUCGCGCAUGCGCUCACAACACACAUACAAUUUAACAUUCUACUAUCGUAGGAACAGACACUAAUUAGAUCACAUCAAAACACACGGAUUUAAAAAAAUAUCGUAGAACAUGUCAUGCCCAAAAAAAUCUUUGAUUGAAUACGUAGGUACAUUUUGCAGUCUUAACUUGAAUGAAAGAAUGAAUUAAACUCUUUAUAUUUAUUUGUACAGAAAGUUUUUUUAAAGGCUGGUACUAGGUAACUCUUAUACUUAUAUUGUGUAGGCUUGUAUGUAAGUUCGUCUGAUUCUCUGAUCUGAUUGGGUCGUCCCAAAUACUAGAGGCGCCAAAUAUGUAUGAUCUAUUAUAUAUUAUGUAUU